UCAACAAUGGACUACAUUGUUGAACUUAUCCUAGCGUCACUCCUGCUAAUUCUCAUGCUCCUGGAUUUCAUAAACUCGAAAUUCGACUACUGGUUUCGACUGCAGAUCCCGGGACCUGAGCCGAAUAUUUUUUGCGGAAAUAUCGGAGACGUUGUUUUGGGUAGACGAUCACUAGUGGAAAAAGUGGAGGAAUUGUACAGCGAGUGGAAUUCAGAGCCUUAUUUCGGUAUUUUUGUCUGGCACACGCCAGUCCUGAUGAUCAAUGAUCUCAACGUGAUCAGGAACAUUCUGGUCGAUAAUUCAAAAUUAUUUUCAUCUCCAAAAUUCGUCAUCAACAGAGGCAUCAUUCAUCGGAGUUCCUAUAAAUCCGGUUCAAUCGAUCAUCCGAAAGUCCUCGAGAGAAUUUUGACGUCUGAUCGAAUGAAAAAUAUGUUUGAUUUGAUAAUUAAAUGCACAAAUGAGUCUAGUCUUCACAAGAUGAUUGAGGAAAAUCGAAUAAUGAAUUGUUCUUCAUUGGCGGAAAAUUUUACCAGUGAAGUCAUGAGUUCUUGUGUCUUUGGAAUUGAAGAAAAAGCAUCGUUGGGGGAGCGUCAGAGGUGCAGGGAUAUCAUCAGGGGGAUCUGUCGUUCCGAUGAGUGCAAUUCAUACGAGGAAAAAUUCCGAAUUAUUAUUGGAACUGUUUGCAGUUAUUUGGGUGUGAAGAAGAAUCCGAAGAAGUGGGAUUUUUUUGUUAAAGUAAUUCGAGAGAAAAUUAGGGACAGAGAGGAACGCAAUAUUGUUCGCCCUGAUUUCCUUGACGCUCUUAGAGAUCUGAAGGGUGGAAUUCGUCAAGAUGACUUUGAAUGGACCGAUUCUCUACUAACUGCUCAAACGAGUUUCCUCCUCAUCUCCAGCUACAGCCCGUCAGUUUCAUUGAUCUCAACUGUACUGCAUGAACUGGCGAUUAAUCAACAAGUCCAAGAGAGACUCAGAACAGAAAUUAUUGAGACGUUAAAAUUGUAUAAUGAAUUGUCUGCUGAUAUUGUGAAGGGGAUGGAGUACAUUUCCAUGGUUCUGAAUGAGACACUGAGGAAGCAUCCCAUGAAUGCUUUGUUGAAGAGAAAAUUGAACGAAAAAUGUCAAGUUGAAGGGUCGAAAAUCAACGUGCCAAAGAACAUCAGAGUUGUCAUUCCAGUCGCCAGCAUUCAUAAUAAUGAAGAAUACUAUCCCGAUCCCGAUACUUUCAGUCCCGAGAGAUUUUGCGAAGAAAAAAUGAACGGACGACAUUCGAUGACGUUUCUACCCUAUGAGGGAGGGCCAAAAAGUUCAAUUGGGGAAAAAUUUGCGAUUUAUUCUGCAAAACUCGUCCUGAUAUUUCUACUGAAGAAGUUCAGAAUAAAUCCAGUGGAAAAUAAAUCCUACAAUGUUGCAAAUACGAGGAAAUUUCGGGUGAAAUUUGUUUCACUAGAAUAAUUCAGUAGAACAAAUUAAUUUUUUACGUCUUCGUCAAGAUGAAAUUGUCUCGUUUAAGAGUAAUUAAAGAAGUCAAUACAAAAGAAACUUCAGUUGAAAUAUUCCCCUAAAAAUUUUCCCCAAAAAAUUAUCGAGAUGAAUACAAAAUCACGAAAAAUUGAAAAAAUCCACGCAA